AUGUGUGCUAAUAUGUACUCGGUAAUUUUCAAGGAUAUAAUAUUAGAAAUCAAUGAUGAUGAUGCCAAAUCUAUUAAGGCUUUAGAAAUUUAUUGCAAAAAAAAAGAAAUUCCUGACACAGAAAUAAAUGAACUAAAGCGUAAAUACCAUCAGAAAUCACCAAUAUGGUGGUAUACAUGUGAAAUGUUUCUCUAUGGUAUGCUUAAUUGGGGGUUACGAUCGCUUGAUAUGGAAGCGAUGUCCAAGUUAGGUUUUUUUAUUCGAAGUUUAAAUCUUCAACUGAAACAAUUGCAUCAGAAACAAUCGGCUAAAUUCAAGAAAUCAUUUACCGUUUAUCGUGGUCAAGGAAUGAGCGAAGAAGACUUUCAGAAUUUACUAGGUUCAAAAGGUGGUCUACUAUCGUUCAACAACUUUUUAUCGACUAGUAUGGAACGAAAAGUGGGCAUGGAAUUUGUUGAACGUACUAUGAAAAAGAACGAAGACAUUGUUGGCGCUAUUUUUAUUAUGACUAUUGAUCAAAGUAAAAUAUCAACUUCGAAUACUCCAUUUGCUAUGAUUGAUGAGCACAGUGCUAUUCCAUCAGAACAAGAAAUACUAUUCACAAUGCAUACUGUUUUUCGCGUCGUUGAAAUUAAACAGACGGCUAAGAAUAAUCGACUUUGGGAAGUACAAUUGACUAUUACUGAUGAGAAUGAUCCACAACUUUCUACUCUUACCAAUCGCAUCAAACAGGAGAUCGACGGUCGAGGAUGGCAUCGAAUGGGUAAAUUGAUGCUCAAAGUGGGUCAUUUCGAUCAAGCUGAAGAACUCUACAAUGAAUUACUGGUGAAUGCCUCUACUGAUAGCGAUAGAGCAUUUAUAUAUCACCAGCUUGGAAUAUUGAAAUACCAGCAAGGCAAAUACCCAGAAGCAGCUAAAUUCUACGAAAAAUACCUCGAAAUCAAGCGGAAAACUCUUCCAGAAAAUGAUGCUUCAUUGGCUGCUACUUAUGGUAGCAUCGGUCUGGUGUAUAAAAACAUGGGCGAAUAUUCGAAAGCACUUGAGUAUUUCAAAAAAACAAUUAAAAUAAAAGAAAAAUCUCUGUCUCCCACUGAUCCCGCUUUGGCUACUUCCUACAACAACAUCGGUCUAGUGUAUGACAGCAUGGGUGAAUACUCGAAAGCACUUGAAUCUUACGAAAAAUCAAAUAAAAUCUGGGAAAUAUCUCUGCCUGCGAAUCAUCCCUUAUUGGCUACUUCCUACAACAACAUCGGUCUAGUGUAUAAUAACAUGGGUGAAUACUCGAAAGCACUUGAAUUUUACGAAAAAUCACUCAAAAUAAGGGAAAUAUCUCUGCCUCCAAAUCAUCCCAAUUUGGCUCAAUCCUACAAUAACAUCGGUGCAGUGUAUAAAAACAUGGGUGAAUACUCGAAAGCACUUGAAUUUUACGAAAAAUCACUCAAAAUAAAAGAAAUAUCUCUGCCUGCGAAUCAUCCCGACUUGGCUACUUCCUACAACAACAUAGGCCUAGUGUAUAACAACAUGGAUGAAUACUCGAAAGCAUUUUCCUAUCUAGAAAAGGCACUCAGUAUUUAUCGAAAUUCACUUCCACUAACACAUCAUUAUAUUAAAGAAGUGAUGAAUGAUAUAGAUCGUGUGAAAAAGAAGUUGUAA